AUGUUUUCCUUCGCCAACAAGUCCCUCUGGCAACUACCCAUCUCGGGGGCCCCGAUUCCCCCGCAGGAACGCGUCGACGAGGAACUUUGUCCUGACUAUAACCCAGCGUCUUUCUACCCAGCAAAGCCUGGGGAAGUGCUAGCUAAGAACUUUCAACUGCUUGUGAAAAUUGGCUGGGGAUCGCAAUCGACCGUGUGGCUCGCCCGAAACAUCUCAAGACGCAAAUGGCAAUCAGAGCAAAUAUUGGCCUUGAAGAUAAUUAACAAUGACAAUUCCGACGAUGCUCAGCAUGAAAAGGAGAUUGAAAGUUUUAUCUCGCACCAAAACCCAGAGCAUCGCGGCCAUGUGUUUCUACGGACAUGCCUGGAUAGCUUCGAGCUAGCUGGUCCCCAAGGAAAGCACACGUGUCUUGUGUAUGAACCGAUGAGAGAGCCUCUUUGGAUUUUACAGCGGCGUUUCGUUGAUCGCAAGCUUCCUUUGCCCAUCGCGAAGGCCUACAUCUACUUCCUCCUAGUUGGCCUUGAUUAUCUCCACUCAGAAUGCAAAAUCGUCCAUGCGGAUCUGAAGCUCGGCAACAUCCUCAUGGGUUUCGAAAAUGAGAACAUCCUUACCAACUUUAUUGAACGACAACAACCUAUGCAAUACAAGGUAGAUAGUGAGACUGGUCGGACAAUUUACCGCUGUCAUAACGACUUCGGUGCUCUUGACUGGAGAGAAAUCAAGAACAUGAUCCCCAGCAUAGCUGAUUUCGGGCUCGCAACGAAGCUCGGCACGCCGUCCACUAAACAGGGAAUGGUUGGAGAGCAAGUCGGCGUUUAUCCUAUCCAACCAGACUAUUACCGUGCGCCAGAGGUAAUCCUUGGCUGUGGCUGGGAUUUCAAAGCGGAUAUUUGGAACUUUGGUGUGCUGCUGUGGAAUAUCCUAGGGAGCCAGGAGUUGUUUCAACAGGUACAUGACUCAAACGGCUUAUACGAUGCAAAGUCACACCUCGCGGAAAUGAUUGCGCUACUCGGUCCCCCCCCGAAGGAGUUGCUUGCCAAAUCAGAGGCUAUGUCGGCGCACAACUGGCCCCAACCCGUGACCAACUACACCGGCGAGCUCUGUAACAAUGCCCAAGAAUUCUUCCAUGGCCCUUUCUUCAAUGCAGAAGGUGAAUUCUGUAACAGUGGUUUGAUUCCGUCCCGAAGCCUGGAGGACACAACCCCAUUUAUGGAAGAAAAUGAUCGAGAGGCUUUUUUCUCCUUUGUCGGACAGAUGCUUGCCUGGCUCCCAGAGAAUAGAAAAACAGCUCGCGAACUGAUGGAUCAUCCGUUUCUCAAACUUAGGCGUUGAUCAGAAUCUUUGGGAAAUAGAG